AUGGCCCAUGUCAUGAAGCCUGGCGCACACGGUCCCUAUGCCAGCAACACUUUCAUACCCACUGCUAACCAUGGAUGGGUCCACGCCGGCUACUACGCCAGUGCCCCUUUCAACGCCGCUCCGCCACCCGUUCCUACUGGGAUGAACCCUCAGACCUGGAUGAGUGGUCAAUGGCAGCCCAACCUCCAAUUUCGACCCUCUACGAGUGCCCCUCCCAACGGCGUACAGAUGUGGGCACCCCAUCCAGGCUGGGGCCCGGCUGCGAUGCAAGCCGCGAUGCAAAUGCAACAGCAACAGCAGCAACCACACAAUCCGUUCAAACGCAUCCCAAAUCCUGGAGAUCACACCUACUGGGCAACCCAGCUAACGAAUAAUGGGCUUGGUCUCGAGAACAUGCAUAUCAAGGACGAUACUCCCCCUAGCGACAGGCAUAUCAAGGACGGACCUAAUGGAGCGCCGCAUACACCGUGGGUAUGGGUGCCGAAGGAUCUGAGCGCGGAUGAAACCUGCUGGGUCCAACAACAAGGAUCUUCCUCCCCCUCCCACCUUCGACGAUCACUCCCGCUCCGCCAGCGGCUCCCAUCCGCUGUCUAUUCGUCCCCCGACUCCUCCCAACGCAUCACAUUCCAGGCAAGCUCAAGAUCCGGAUUCCCGAGUGCCCCUGCGACCAUGUCGUCAUACUCCAGCUACAUGCAGCAGCAACAACAACGGGACCAGCAACAACGGGAGAGGGAGAGAGAGAGCGAACGGGAGAGCGAACGGGAGCGUGAGCGGGAGAGGAGGGAGCGGGAGAGGGAGCGGGAGAGGGAGCGGAGCGGGAGAGGGAGCGGGACCGACGGGAGCGGGAACGAGGCCGAGAGCGGGAGAGAGAACGACAAGCCCAUUGGGAUGGUCAGGGUCACUUUGCGCGAUCUUCGCACCUACACGGCACCUACGACAUCGACAUCCUCUUCAGCGUCGGCCGCAGCAGCUGCAGCCCAUGCCGCUCGCAGUGCCACCACACCCGCACAGCAAGAUAUGGACCACGAGAAGGAAGCAUACAGCUCACGCCGUGAGCUUCAUACAACCUUUUCCCCCAACAUCAUCCGCACCCCCGAUCACUACUCCUCGCCCCCUUCAAAUCGUCCAAGUGAGGAUUUCGAUCGCUUAGAUCGUGAACGUACCCCCUCUCGGUCCAAGGUGCCGAUCUACAUGGAAACUACGACACCAACGCCUACACCUCCGCGCCGCACAGCUCCUUCGCGCUCCAACAGCAUAAGCAAGCAGUCCCCCGGUACCGCCUCUGGAUCGUCCUCAUCGGACCCACCUGGCCUCUGGCUUGGCUUGCUCACUGCCUCAGAGGAGCCCAUUAGUCUUCUUAGCCCGUUGGUCAACACAGAGUCACCGCCGAAGGGUUUCGAUUUGCAUCGUCGCGGCUCGUCGCGGAGUCACACGCAUCCGGCACCUGAAGAUCGCAAUGAGCCAACAGCCUACGGCAGACUCCUGGACGAAGCAGACCUGAGGAAAUACACUCAGACCCCGCGCACCUCAUACAGCAGCAACACCCGUACUUCGCCCAACGAGAAGUCCCGGUCUCGGGCCCCGUCGCCCUACCGUCCAUCACACAAUCCACUUCCUCGACCUCCUGUGAUAUCGCCAUACACCGAGCAACAUGUCCCUUCCCGCGCACAGGCAAGCAAGAUAAGCUCGUCGUCCGCUUCCGCCGCAGCCGCGGCGGCUGCAGCACAACAGAGCUCACAUCCCAGGCGUCAAGUUCGGAUGGGCUUCUGGAACAAGCGCGGCGACCAUCUGUACUUCACGGAGUAUGGCGAGAAGUAUGUCGUGUAUGCCCCGAGAGCGCUGGCGAACCCGUCGGACCUCAAGGAUUACCCCAACCCUAUCGAAGGAUGGCGCAACCAUCGCGGCGAGACUGUGAAGUACGACCCCAAUGUUCCCGAGCUUAUAGACUCACGGGGCAGUAAUCCGAUUCGGCCUUAUGCAGAGUUCUGUCACAUGAUCGAUGUCUGA